AUGGACUCAGUGCAGGGCCUGGCUUACCAGCAGAAGCUGGCUCGGCGGAUUUUAUUCAAGCUGGAUGUAAGAAUACUCCCCAUUCUAGCACUGCUCUUCCUUCUCUCCUUCUUGGACCGCACGAAUGUCGGGAACGCAAAGAUUAUCGGCCUCGAGGAAGACAUUGGAAUCGCGGAUCAUCAAUAUGAUAUUGGUCUGGCAGUAUACUACCUCACCUAUGUCCUCAGCGAACUCCCAAGUAAUCUCAUCCUCAAGAAAGCAUCCCCAAGGAUCUGGCUACCUCUGAUCACAGCAUUAUGGGGCGUGAUGACAUUGUGCCUGGGCUUCGUACGCAACUUUGCCGGCUUUGUUGCUGUACGCUGCUUGCUUGGUGUUUUUGAAGGCGGAUUACUGCCUGGGAUGGUAUUGUAUUUGUCCUUCUUUUACCGACGAAGUGAUUUGGCCUUGCGUAUUGGUCUUUUUUACACAGCAGCAUCGUUAUCUGGUGCUUUUGGAGGUCUUUUGGCCCGCGGGCUGGCUGAAAUUGGCCCUCGAGGAAACCUGGAAGGUUGGCGUUGGAUUUUCAUCAUUGAAGGAUUAUUGACAGUCACAUGUGCUGCUCUUACUUAUUUUGGCCUCCCAAACAACCCCACGACAGCACCAUUCUUGACACUUGAGGAACGUGAGUUUGUUCGUGAGCGACUGUCAGGUGAUAAUCCAUGUGCGCCAGCAGGUAGCACCAUAGAAAGUGAACAAGAGAGCUUCCAAUGGUCCGAAGUACGCAGAGGUAUUCUGGAUCCUCGGAUGUGGCUCUCUGCAGCAGCGUAUUUCUCUCUGCUAUCUGGGAUGUAUUCCUUUGGGUUGUUUCUCCCAACAAUCAUCAAUGACAGUGGCUACGCAGCAAAUGCGGACCAAGUGCAGUUGUGGUCCGUGAUUCCGUAUGCAGUAGCAGCAGUCUUCACUGUGAUGGUGGCUUUCAUUUCUGAUCGGCUGCAACUUCGAGGCACCCUCAUGCUCGUCACAAUGCCACUAGCAAUCGCGGGCUAUGCAGCAAUUGCUAAUGUCCAUGGCGCACGCGUAAAGUAUGGAAUGACCUUUAUCAUGGCCAUGGGAAUGUAUGGCAGUAUCCCAUGCAUUUUGGUGUGGAAUUCCAAUAACUCUGCCGGACACUACAAGCGGGCUACUACCUCUGCGAUGCAGUUAACUAUCGCGAAUUGUGGUGGAUUCGUGGCGACAUUUAUCUAUCCUAGCAAAGACAAACCGCAGUAUCACCGGGGCCAUACAGUCGUUCUUGGUCUUCUUGUGUUCUCAUGGUUCAUGAUUCUUUUAAAUGUCCUAUAUUGCGCCAAAAUCAAUCGAGAUAAAAAGCGGGGGAAAUAUGCCCAGUUUUCUGGGUACAACGAUGACAGAAAUCCGGACUUCAAGCUGGUCUUGUAG